UUUGACGCAUAUUAGUUGGACAGUGACGGUGAAAGCGUAGGAAAGUACUGGUGGUUAAUAUUGGACAUCAUUGACGAAAAAUGACUGUGUCCAUUGGAACAGUUUCUCUUAAUGAUGGGGUGCAUGUCUAGCAAGAUUUCUCCAGAUUUUGAAGAUAAGCCAAAAGAGGCGACAAAGGGACUGUUACUACGUGGAGAUGUAGCUACAAAAGUGGAAUCAAGAAAUGAGAGAGAGAAAAAAAUGAAAGAAAAGCAAAUUCGGAUAACUUCCGCAGCUGAGGAACUGUGUGGCCGGAUUCUUGAAGAAAAGGAGCGUCUUUCAAUCAACUCGAGAUCUCGGGAGACGUCUGUAAACACGUCGAGAGUCACAUCGCCAUCAGGAGAACGCAAAAAGCAUGUCCAGUUUCGAAAAGAUGAAAAGAUGGACAAACUGAAGGAAAAAUCUGCUGCCAGUCUGAACGAAUCACGUGAGCGGAUUGUGGUGAACGGUUCUGUUGCCAGCUCCUCUGGUGUCCAUCCAGUUAUCUCAGUGCAGCCUAGCCAAGGGGAGACAAGUCCUCGGGAUGACAAACCCAGCAAAUCAAAAUCUUCCUUGAAGGAUUCCAAAUCAGGCUGAGAGAGAGUUUAAGUAAAGGAACAUAACCCUGUUCUAUUUUUAAACUGGAGAGAUUCUGUUUAAGUAAAGGGACAUAACCCUAUUAUAUUAUAAACUGGAGAAGUUCUAUGUUCAAGGUUUUUUUGUGGCUGAACUCAGUAGUGCUGUAACUGGUAUUUCAAGAUACACUGAUAAAUAAAAGUAUAAAAUUGCCAUACAAAAUUGGUUGGCAUGGAGAUUAUUUAUGUUUCUGACAUCUUUUGGGCCACUGUAUCGUAAAUUGUUUUGUUUGCUCUGUAAUAAGUAAUUAUUAAAUAAGUCAAUCAUUUGACAUGAUCAAUCCACUGCAGGUUGUCUUUCCUGAGCACAUUCUGUGAAUUGCCCAGGAAAUGUGUUCAAAUAAUGAUAAUAAUGGAGACACCAAAACUCCAUUGGACUUGUAUCUGUUAAAUGAUGAUAGUUUGAUUGUAUAAUGUUUUAUAGAGUAAAAUACUUACAGUAACUGAUCGAAACAUCCUUUGAAGAGAUGGCUGAAACUGUCAGUGAGUCCAGAACUGGUAGAUAUGGAUUAUAUAUAUGAAGGCUUUGGUAAAAGAAUUAAUUUGCUAAAGGAAUUGAGUUCCAGGCAGGAGCUGCUAUAUGAACUGUUCGGUUUCUUGAAUUUCUGAAGUGGCAUUAGCUACAGAGUAUACUAACUAUAAGGAGUGGUUCAGCCUCACCCAGUAUUAAGUACCAAAUUACAUUCCUUGAAAUGUCAACAACUAUGCAUACUGUGAAUAAAAUAAAACAGGACUUUGCACAAAUCAAAAACUACAUAAAGCAUUUUAUACCAAAAAACUAUACAGGUUGAGUCACCAUAUAGUUGCAUUAAGCAGAUAUAUACACAUACAUACACAUGUAUAUAUACACAUGUAUUUGUAUAAUGUAUUAAGCAGCUAUUAUGAUAUUAUAAUUUUUUAUUGUACAGUUUAUAUUUAUAAUACUUUGUAUUUAUAAUGGUGUCUGGAAUGCCAUGAAAGGUCUGUGAUAAUCUAGAUGUGAUAAUUUAUUUACAAAUGUAUAACUUCCAUAACAAUGUGGGAUGGAGCAGUGUUUGACAGUAUCAGUCUCAACUUUGUUUAAUUUCACAUUUAUCAGGGUGGGAGGUAGCGCAGUGGUAAAGUGCUCAUCUGAUAGGGUCGGUCUGGGAUCAAUCCGUGUUGGUGGGCCCAUUGGGCUAUUUCU